AAGCUUAAUCAAUAUUAAGUGUCUGGUUUACUAGUGAGAGAGAGAGAGAGAGAGAGAGAGAUAAGAGCAUCAAGAUGUUUAACGCGGGGCUGAACUUGGUGCCGGAUAUUCUGGGCGGCAACAAGCAUGGCAAGAUCAAAGGCACGGUGGUGCUCAUGAGCAAGAAGGUUCUUGACUUCAACAAUCUCAAUCUCAACGCCGGCAUCAACAUCGGUCUCGGGGUGGCCGGCUCCGUCUUGGACGGCCUCCGCCAGUUCUUGGGCGGCGCCGUUUCCUUUCAGCUCAUCAGUGCCAAUAAGGCCGAUCCCGGAAAUGGGUUGGGAAAACUUGGAAAGCCUGCGUCACUGGAAGGGUUUGUUACCACAUUGCCAACGCUGUUGGAAGGACAGAAUGCCUUCAGUGUCCACUUUGAUUACAAUGAAGACUUCGGUGUUCCUGGAGCCUUCGUGAUCAGGAACAAUCUUGUUACCGAAUUCUAUCUCGUCAGCGUCACGCUUGACGAUAUCCCAAAUCAUGGAACCCUCCACUUUGUUUGCAAUUCCUGGAUCUACCCUGCCUGCUAUUACAAGAGCGACCGCAUCUUCUUCGCCAAUAAGGCAUAUGUUCCUAAUAAAACACCACAAGCUUUGGUCAAAUACAGACAACAAGAGCUCAUUACUUUAAGAGGAGAUGGAUUCUCACAGCUCCAGGAACACGAUAGAGUCUAUGAUUAUGCUACCUACAAUGACUUGGGCUGGCCAGAUCUCAACCAGAGCUUUGCCCGUCCUACUCUUGGAGGCUCUUCCGAAUAUCCUUACCCUCGUAGAGGAAGAACUAGCAGGCCACCGUCUAACUCAGAUCCUAACACUGAGAGUAGACUUCUUCCUGGAGUUCAGAACUUCGAUAUCUAUGUUCCAAGGGAUGAACGAUUUGGUCACGUUAAAUUGUCGGACUUUCUGACCUAUUUGCUGAAAUCUAUUUCUCAAGAUUUACUGCCAUUGUUGGAGUCGGCAUUCAAGUUCAUGUCCAAUGAGUUCGAGAGCUUUGAUGAGGUCCGCGAACUCUAUGAAGGUGGAUUUCAACUGCCUCAGGAUGUACUCAAGAAUAUCAGCGAAAAAAUGCCUCUACCUAUGCUCAAGGAAAUCUUCCGUACUGAUGGUGAACAAUUUCUCAAAUAUCCUGCCCCUAAAGUUAUUAAAGAAAACAAGUCUGGAUGGAUGACUGAUGAAGAGUUUGCAAGAGAAAUGUUGGCUGGUGUGAAUCCAGGUGUAAUUCAGGCUCUCCAAGAGUUUCCCCCAAAAAGCACUCUGGAUGUUAGGGUCUAUGGUGAUCAAACGAGCAAAAUAACCAAAGAGCAACUGGAGCAAAAUAUGGGUGGGGUGACAGUGGAUGAGGCACUCCAAUGCAAGAGAUUGUUCAUCUUAGACCACCACGACGCAUUCAUGCCAUAUCUGAGGAAGAUAAAUGAAACUUCAAAAAAGGCUUAUGCCACUAGGACGAUUCUUUUCUUGAAGGACGAUGGGACUUUGAAGCCAUUGGCUAUUGAGCUAGGUUUACCCCAUCCCGAUGGAGAUCAACACGGCUUUAUAAGUAGGGUCGUCUUGCCUGCAGAUCAAGGGGUUGAAGGUACCAUCUGGCUGUUGGCUAAAGCUUAUGUGACUGUAAACGACUCUGGCUAUCAUCAACUUGUUAGCCACUGGCUAAAAACUCAUGCAGUCAUUGAGCCAUUUGUCAUAGCAACUAACAGGCAACUCAGUGCUCUUCAUCCUAUUUAUAAACUUCUCUUUCCUCAUUAUCGUGACACGAUGAAUAUAAAUGCUCUUGCUCGACAAUCCUUGAUCAACGCAAAUGGAAUUAUAGAGUUGUCAUUCUUGCCUGGACAAUACUCGAUAGAGAUGUCUUCCAAGGUUUACAAGAACUGGGUUUUCCCUGAUCAAGCCCUACCAGCCGAUCUUAUCAAAAGAGGCAUGGCUGUUAAAGAUCCAGAAUGUCCUCAUGGGCUUCGCCUGGUGGUAGAGGACUACCCUUUUGCUGUGGAUGGACUUGAGAUAUGGGCUGCUAUUAAGACAUGGGUUCAUGACUAUGUUUGCUGCUACUAUGAGAACAAUGAAGAUGUUAAGCAAGACCCUGAACUACAAGCUUGGUGGAAAGAACUUGUAGAAGUUGGUCACGGAGAUUUGAAAGAUCAGCCUUGGUGGCCAAAAAUGCACACUCGUGAAGAGCUUAUUGAAACCUGCACCAUUGUCAUCUGGACUUCUUCAGCCCUCCAUGCAGCUGUCAAUUUUGGACAAUAUCCUUAUGGAGGUUAUAUCGUAAAUCGUCCAACUCUCAGCAGGAGAUUGCUUCCCGAAGAAGGAACCGCAGAUUAUGAAGAGUUGAAGAAAAACCCAGAGAAAGCUUUCUUGAAAACAAUAACACCAAAGUUGCAAACCCUUGUUGACCUUUCGGUUAUAGAAAUAUUAUCAAGGCAUGCCUCUGAUGAGGUCUAUCUUGGGACAAGGGACAAUCCUAACUGGACUUCUGAUGCGAAGCCAUUGGAAGCCUUCAAGAAGUUCGGAAAGAAGCUGGAAGAGAUUGAGAAAAAACUGAUAGAAAGGAACAACACAGAGACACUAAGAAACAGGGUCGGGCCAGUCAACAUGCAUUACACCCUUCUGUACCCUACAAGUGAGGAAGGACUCACCUGCAGGGGAAUUCCAAACAGUAUCUCUAUCUGAAGAAACUGUGGGCGGCUCCUCUACCAAGUGUGAAAGUUAAUAAUCCUUUGUUUUGUUGUCCUCUGUGUUUCAACUACUGUUGUGUGUUGUCCAUCAUGAGAGCAGCUGGGAAUGUGUUAGAGUCUUUUUAAUGUUUAAUAAAAUGAAGAAGAGCAGUUCCGCUUUUCUUUAUUUGAGGCAAACGACAUAUCAUGAAACUUCUAAUAUUAGUUGCUUUAGCCUAUGCUUGGAUCACA